CCCUGGCCCGCCCCUAAACGAGCUAUAAGUUCUCGUGGCUCUCGGCUUCUGCAUUGCCGGCUGCCAGCAGUUCCGCACUUGGAGGGUCCUGCCACCAGUCUGAGGUACAGCCACCACCUGACCAUGGCCGAGGAUCUGGUUCUGGAGAGAUGCGACCUGGAGCUAGAGGCCAAUGGCCGUGAUCACCACACAGCCGAACUGUGCAGGGAGAGGCUGGUGGUGCGGCGUGGCCAGCUCUUCCGGCUGACGCUGCACUUCGAGGGCCGGAGCUAUGAGGCCAGCGUGGACAGCCUCACCUUCAGUGCUGUGACCGGCCCAGCCCCCAGCGAGGAGGCCGGGACCAAGGCCCGCUUCGGGCUGUCUGAUGCUGUAGAAGAGGGUGCCUGGGCGGCCGCAGUGGUGGACCAGCAAGACGGCGCCCUCUCGCUGCAGCUCAGCACCCCGGCCAAUGCCCCCAUCGGUCUGUACCGUCUCAGCCUGGAGGCCUCCACCGGCUACCAGGGCUCCAGCUUCGUGCUAGGUCACUUCACCCUGCUCUUCAACACCUGGUGCCCAGCGGACGCUGUGUACCUGGACUUGGAAGAGGAGCGGCGGGAGUACGUCCUUACCCAGCAGGGCUUCAUCUACCAGGGCUCAGCCAAGUUCAUCAAGAACAUACCUUGGAAUUUUGGGCAGUUUGAAGACGGGAUCCUGGACAUCUGCCUGAUGCUCCUGGACAUCAACCCCAAGUUCCUGAAGGACGCCGGCCGUGACUGCUCCCGCCGCAGCAGCCCGGUCUACGUGGGCCGGGUGGUGAGCGGCAUGGUCAACUGCAACGAUGACCAGGGUGUGCUGCUAGGACGCUGGGACAACAACUAUGGGGACGGCGUCAGCCCCAUGUUCUGGAUUGGCAGUGUGGACAUCCUGCGGCGCUGGAAGAACUACGGCUGCCAGCGUGUCAAGUAUGGCCAGUGCUGGGUCUUCGCUGCCGUGGCCUGCACUGUGCUCCGGUGCCUCGGCAUCCCGACUCGCGUCGUGACCAACUAUAACUCGGCCCAUGACCAGAACAGCAACCUGCUCAUCGAGUACUUCCGCAACGAGUUCGGGGAGAUCGAGAGUGACAAGAGCGAGAUGAUCUGGAACUUCCACUGCUGGGUGGAGUCGUGGAUGGACAGGCCAGACCUAAAGCCGGGGUAUGAAGGAUGGCAGGCCCUCGACCCCACGCCCCAGGAGAAGAGUGAAGGGACAUACUGCUGCGGCCCUGUUCCCGUUCGUGCCAUCAAGGAGGGCGACCUGAGCACCAAAUACGACGCCCCUUUCGUCUUUGCUGAGGUCAACGCUGACGUGAUAGACUGGAUCCGGCAGGAUGAUGGGUCUGUGCACAAGUCCAUCAACCACUCUCUGGUCGUGGGGCUGAAGAUCAGCACGAAGAGUGUGGGCAGAGACGACAGGGAGGACAUCACCCACACCUACAAGUACCCAGAGGGAUCCCCAGAGGAGAGGGAAGCCUUCACCAGGGCCAACCACCUGAACAAGCGUGCUGAUAAAGAGGAGACGGGGGUAGCCAUGCGAAUCCGUGUGGGCCAGGACAUGAACUUGGGCAGCGACUUUGACGUCUUUGCCCACGUCACCAACAACACCACCGAGGAGCACACAGGCCGCCUCCUGCUCUGUGCCCGCACUGUCAGCUACAACGGGAUCCUGGGCCCCGAGUGUGGCACCAAAGACCUACUCAACUUUUCCCUGGAGCCCUUCUCCGAGAAGAGCAUUCCCCUUCGCAUCCUCUACGAAAAGUACUGUGACUGCCUGACCGAGUCGAAUCUCAUCAAGGUGCGGGGCCUUCUCAUCGAGCCAGCUGCCAACAGCUACCUGCUGGCCGAGAGAGACAUCUACCUGGAGAAUCCAGAAAUCAAGAUCCGGAUCCUGGGAGAGCCCAAGCAGAACCGCAAGCUGGUGGCUGAGGUGUCGCUGCGGAACCCACUUACGGUGCCCCUAUCUGGCUGCGCCUUCACUGUGGAGGGGGCAGGCCUGACCGAGGAGCAGAAGGUGGUGGAGAUCCCGGACCCUGUGGAGGCAGGGGAGGAAGUCAAGGUGAGGGUGGACCUGCUGCCCAUGAAUGUGGGCCGCCACAAGCUGGUGGUGAACUUUGAGAGCGACAGGCUGAAGGCAGUGAAGGGCUUCAGGAACGUCAUCGUCGGCCCUUCCUAACGGGCCCCCGUGCCAGCCCCACCUCAGCCAGCUGAGGGCCCCAAAUUGACCCCAAUCUUUAUCCCAAGCUAAUGAGCAAAAUUUGCCCCUUCCUGGGCCUCAGACCCCAGGGCAGGGGUGGGAUGCUGGUAGGGGUCUUUGGAAUGGAAUGUCUUUCUCUCCUAUCUUGUUCCCCUGAACCUGGCUCCCCACCCCCUCAUCUGUGAGGGAUGUUUUGUGCUUCCUCCGUGGGAGUCCUGAUCUUGGCUGACUGGGCCUGGGGCAGGGGGAGGUUAGAGGGGCUGGGGAGGCAGGCUUCCUGCCUCCCUUUCCAGCCCAGAUGCCUGCUGGAAACCAACCGACCAAUCGCCAUAUUGUUUGAUCUACCCCAGGGCCCCUUGGAGUAGACAAAAAAAAAUUGUGCCCAAUAGCCAGAUCAAGGAACGCAACUCUUUAGAGUGUCCUGAACCCCUUCCCCAGACUGUGCCCGGGCCCUAGGGCCCCUUGGCAGAGCCAGAGCAGGUGCGGAUGGGAAGGGUCCCGGGAAUAGCCAGACCCAUGCUCCCCACAACAUCCCAGCAACCCUGGCCCCAUAGUCCUCCCUGCCACCCCCACCUCUAGUUAUGAGGCACCUACUAAGUGCCAGGUGCUUCCUGUGCUCACUGGUACUCACACAACCACCAGCCCAUGUCAUCAUGACAAGAAACUGCAGAGGAGGGGCUGCUUUCCCAAUGAGGAGACUGUGGCUGGAAGAAGGGAGGCGGCCCACUCUGCACCCGUGGGCUCCUGGAUGUUUGCAAGGCCUGGGUAAUGUGAAGGGGCCAGCAUGGAGCCCGGGCCUUUUGACUCUGAGUCCACUGCCCUGUUAAGGCGCCCAGAGCUGAGAAUGUCAGAGAGGCCAUUUGCGACCUGAUAGAAAAGGAUCCAGUGAGGAGGUGGGGGCGGGGAUCGGAGGGGUCAGAGCCCUAGGUUGGAGCCCCAAGUCCAGCCAGCCACUGCCUUCCCCUCACUGGGCCUCGGUCUCUUCAUUGGUCACAGGAGUGCUUGAACACAAGCGCAUCCCCAAGGCCCUCUCAGCCCUGCACUUCCAGUGCCUUAUGUGGCCCAGCCUUGCCAGUGACAGGGAGUCCUACUCCCUGUCUUCGCAGAGCCUUGGGUCACAGGCCCACGGAUUCUGAGUGCGAAACUAUGACCAUGAGCACCCUCCUGCCCCAACCCUGAGUCCCUCACCUGUGCCCAGGCACCUUGCUUCAGAGCCCCAUUCAGGAGAAAAGAGCCCCAGGGGCCCCUGUCCUACCCAUGAGCCUGCCCACCGCAAUGCCUAGACGUCACAAGAGCCUUAGCUGCCUGUGCUGGUCACUCACCAACAAGACUGCAUCUCAGCAACGCCCUCUUUGAGGAGCCAGGGCCCUGGAACACAGCCCUUGCCCCAACCAAGCACGGGGAUCCCAUGAGUUGCCUUCUCUGGCUUUAACCCUCUCUGUCUGCAUGUGCCUGGGCUUCCCUCAGCCUGGAAGAGGGAAGCGGGGAGAGUUCUGUAUCUGGAGAGGGGUCACAGCCUCCUGGGCCCCCAGAAUCCCAGAAGGGGAUGUGGGGAGAGUCACGCUGAUGCACUUAGAACUAUCUGCUUUGCACAGGAUGAAGCACAAAAUGAGCCGACGUGUAUAUGUUCUAUAUAAAUAUUGCUCAAUUUCUCUAUGGUUUUAUAAACACUUUGGGGUUCCAAACAGUAGAUAUGCUUUUGAGCCAUAAGGAGCGAGCACUGAAAUAAAGAGUUUAUUUUUCACAUUCAAACAA